AUGCCUACCGAAUUCAUCAGCUUAACAUUCCCCAACGCCUCCACGGAGCUUAACCCCAUCCCUGGCGCUGGAAUAGACCCUGAUUACCUCGUCCGCUACGCCCGAACUCUUGACGACCAUGAGUUCAACUACACUCUCAUCCCCUACCACUCUUCCUCUUUUGACCCCUUCACCAUUGGCGCUACCAUCCUCGCUGUGACGAAGCAGAUCAGGAUUGUCAUUGCCCUUCGCCCUAAUACCAUCUACCCUACCGUGGCUGCCAAAGCUCUGGCUACUCUUGACCAGCUGGGUAGAGGACGUGUUGUUGUCCAUUUCAUUGCUGGUGGUGAUGAUACGGAACAGGCCCGUGAGGGUGACUUUUUGAACAAGACGGAGCGGUAUGCGCGCCAGGAGGAGUAUAUCAAGAUUCUUAGACGGGCAUGGGCUUCGACUGAGCCUUUUGAUUGGGAGGGCAAGUACUACACUUUCAAGAACUUUUCCAACCAAGUCCGUCCUACAAAUGGCCACAUCGAUGUUUCCGUCGGUGGUUCUUCUGACGAUGCUUAUCGUAUUGGCGGUUCUCUCGCCGAUAUCUUUGGCCUUUGGGGUGAGCCUCUGAAGGAGACUAAGGAGCAAAUCGACCGCAUCUACGCCGAGGCUGAGAAGGCUGGGCGCAAGGACCGUCCUCGCAUCUGGGUUACCUUCCGCCCUAUCACAGGAGACACAGAAGAGAUUGCCUGGGCCAAGGCUCACCGAACUCUGGAUGCCCUCAAGCAGAACCGACCCAAAGGUACCGGAAAGGCUGCCCCCAACGAUAACCGUCCUCAGAAUGUUGGCUCCCAGCGUCUUCUCGAUAUCGCCAAGAAGGGUGAAGUCCAGGAUCGUGCGCUAUGGUACCCAACUGUUACUGCCACCAACGCUCGUGGUGCCUCAACCGCGCUGGUUGGCUCCCAUCAGACUAUUAUUGAUUCUAUUAUCGACUAUGUUGACCUCGGUGCUGAGCUGAUUUCUAUUCGCGGAUACGACAACUUGAACGAUGCUAUUGAUUAUGGUCGGUACAUCCUACCUGGUGUGCGAGCUGUCCUUAAGGAGAGAGAAAGUGGCGCAAACGGCUCCGAUGGUAGCAACAGGGCAGCUACAGAGGAGUCUAAUGGAGAUAACAAGGUCGUGCCUGUGGCCGCUUAA